AGUCCCGCUGCCCGCUCGGCGCGCAGCGGCCGGGCAUGGGGGAGCUGCUGCUGUUGCCGCCGCUGCUCUGCCCGCGCCCCGCAGCUCCGGCGCCGCCUCCUCCUUCUUCGGCCUGAAGCGUGCCCGAACUCGUGGAUCCCGGCGGGGAAGGGGCUAUGGGCCGCCUCCCCGAGGUGCGGCGGCUGUGAGGCGGCCGGCACUCGCUCGGGUGCCGGGAGGCUGUCGGCCGGCCAGCCAGCCAGGCUGCUGCUGCUGCUGCGGCUGGGAGGGGAGGAGUGGAGUGCCGCUUGCAGCCGGCGCCGAGCAGCACCUCGGUGUCGGUGACUUGGGGGUGCCGGUCCCCCCGCCCGCGCCCCCGCCGCGGCGGUGGAUGGAUGCGCCAUGGCCACGCUGGUGUGCCGGGUGCAGCUGCUGGAUGACACCGACCCCUUCAACAGCACCAACUUCCCCGAGCCCACCCGGCCUCCGCUGUACACCUUCCGGGAGGACAUCCCGCUCGCCACACAGCUGGCCGGGGUGCACCGCCUCCUCCGCGCCCCGCAGAAGCUUGAUGACUGCACCCUGCAGCUGUCUCACAACGGUACCUAUCUGGACCUGGAAUCCACACUAGCAGAACAACGAGAUGAACUGGAAGGCUUCCAGGAGGAUGCUGGGAGGGGCAAGAAGCAUAGUAUAAUUCUGAGGACGCAGCUGUCGGUGAGAGUUCAUGCCUGCAUUGAAAAGCUUUACAAUUCCAAUGGACGGGAGCUGAGACGGGCACUUUUUUCCUUGAAACAAAUAUUUCAGGAUGACAAGGACUUGGUUCAUGAGUUUGUUGUCGCUGAAGGUCUGACUUGCUUAAUCAAAGUGGGAGCAGAAGCUGACCAGAAUUAUCAGAACUACAUCCUGAGAGCUUUGGGACAGAUAAUGCUCUAUGUCGAUGGCAUGAACGGAGUAAUAAAUCAUAAUGAAACCAUCCAGUGGCUGUACACACUUAUUGGGUCCAAGUUCCGCCUGGUGGUAAAGACAGCACUGAAGCUGCUGGUGGUGUUUGUGGAGUAUACUGAAUCCAAUGCACCGCUUUUAAUCCAGGCAGUAUCUACUGUUGAUGAAAAGAGAGGAGCCAAGCUGUGGUCCAACAUCAUGGAGAUCCUGGAAGAGAAGGAUGGGGUUGAUACUGAACUACUGGUUUAUGCCAUGACCUUGGUUAACAAGACUCUGUCGGGGUUGCCAGAUCAAGACUCUUUCUAUGACGUGGUGGACUGUCUGGAAGAGUUAGGCAUUGAAGCUAUUUCACAGAGACACUUGAACAAGAAAGGAACAGACUUGGACUUAGUUGAGCAAUUUAACAUUUAUGAGAUGAUACUGAGACAUGAGGAUGGAGAUGAGAGUGCUGACCUGCCUCCCAGCGGGCGCAAGGACCGCAGAAGGGCCAGUCUUGGUACUAAUGAGCGAAGGGGGUUAGAACGCAGACGGAGCCGCAGGCACUCGGUACAGAACGUCAAAAGCACUUUAUCGGCCCCUGCGAGCCCGUGCAGUCAGGCAAACACUAGCUUCAUGCUAGGCCACGGGCAGCACAUUGAAGAUCUCAGUGAGAGAGAGGAGGAAGAGUAUGAAGAGGAGGAAGAAGAACAGCCAGUCACAGAGCCCAAUACUGAGGAUGAGGGGGAGGAAGAGGCCUGUAGGCAGGUCAAAGCCAGUGGGGUCCCAGGUGCACGGGAGGCUGUGAAUGAAAACCUUUCACGGUGUUCUGAUUCUUCAGCCAUGUCCAGUGCCAUUUCUCCAGCUGAGAGGCCUCUCUCCUGCUCUAGAGCAAAGAGCUCUUCUAGCAGCUCCUCUUCUGUGCCUGACUCAUCUGUCUCUCAUCAUAAUUCUGUCCUUUCAUCACCACCUUCACCUGCAGCAGCAUUGCUAAGUUCUUCCCAAAAUUCAUCAGCAUCCAUUACUCCAAAGGCAUCUCCAACGGUGGAGAAAUUACCUUAUGUACCACAUACUCCUUUUCACCUCUUCUCAUACGACUUUGAAGAGUCUCCAGCAUCUGUGAAAGAAAAGGAAGCAGAAGUGAUGAGGGAAAACAGAUACAAUAGCUAUGGCAGCAGCUCUUACUCUUCUCCACGGCCUUACUCUGGUGUGAGUGCCCCUGCAACACCCACUUCUCGUUAUGGGACAACUCUUUCACCGCCUCAAGAGACCAAAUCCGACAGGCCAGCUUUGGGUGGUCUUCUUACAUCAUCUUUUCGGCUGCACCAGGAGUCCUUGGCAGCAGAAAGAGAAAGGCGACGGAAGGAGAGAGAAGAAAGGUUGCAAAGGAUAGAACGUGAAGAAAGAAACAAAUUCAACCGUGAUUAUUUAGACAAAAGAGAAGAACUAAGACAAGCAAGAGAAGAGAGAUACAAAUACUUGGAGAGGUUGGCAGCAGAGGAGUAUGAGAAGGAGCUGAAGAGUCGGAGCGUAAGCCGAGGCAGAAGUGAGCUGUCCUUGAACCUGAGAUCUCCUUCAGCCCCAUCCUCACCUGCCCCAUCCUCACCUGUACCCAAGUGUGUCAGCCCAGCAUCCGUAGACUCCCAGGAAGAGCUGAAGACCCCUUCCGCCCCUUGUGGGACUCCUCAGCCUUCAGAAGUGAGUGCCAGUGAACCUGAACCAGAGACAGAGACAGAACCAGAACCAGAACAGGAGGCUGAGGCCAAGCAGGGAACGGAGACACCCAAGGAAAUAGAGGCUACAGAGGUGGGACCAGAGAGUGAGGUGGAGCAAGGACCAGAAAGAGAGCCAGAAGAAAGUGCAAUACUCAGUGAAAAAGAGAGGCAGAAUGAGGAAGUGAAUGAAAAAGACAACUGCUCUGCAUCCAGUAUAUCCUCAGCAAGCAGCACUUUAGAGAGGGAAGAGAGAGAGGACAAGUUAACCAGUGACAAUGAAACUGGUCCAUGGUCACAGACCAUUCAGGAUGCUGGUGUGAAUGAACAGUGCAGCAACAUCCUCAACAACAAGCGGUUUAUGCUGGACAUGUUGUAUGCGCAUAACAAAAAACCCAAGGAUGAAGAAGAGAAGGAGCUGGAGGCGAAGGAGGAAAAGAAGGAGACGGAGGAAAGUGAGGAGUCGCUCACUAGCCUAGCCAGUAGGAUCUCUAUCCUUCAGGCCACGAAGCAGGCCAAAGACGAAAGUGUCAAAAAGAUGGAGAUUGGAAAUCUGGACAACCAAGGCAGCGUGAAAGCCUUUGCAGAAAAAUUCAACAGUGGUGAGCUGGCCAAGGGGACAGCUGUGCCUGAAGAUGAAAUCAGUGAACAGGUCCCCGAGAAAACUCCAGCACAGCCAAAGAAGGAAUCUGACUACAUCUGGGAUCAGCUCAUGGCUAAUCCUAGAGAACUUAAAAUCAAAGACAUGGAUUUUACAGACUUGGGGGAGGAGGAUGAUGUAGAUGUGUUGGACAUGGAUAUGGGUCCUGGGGACUCCCUUGUUCCCCCUCCUCCACCUCCACCUUCCUUUCUGGGUUUGCCUCCUCCGCCACCUCCCCCGCUGUUUGGAUGCCCGCCUCCACCUCCACCCUCUGCUAAUUUAUUGGCUCCUCCUCCGCUGUUCAGCACUCCUCAGGGUUUAGGGUCACCCCAGGUUUCCAGGGGUCAGCCAGCAUUUAUAAAGAAGAAGAAAACCAUCCGUCUGUUUUGGAACGAGGUACGGCCAUUUGAGUGGCAGUGUAAAAACAACAAACGCUGCAGAGAAUUCCUGUGGUCGAAACUGGAACCCAUUAAGGUGGACACUUCCAAACUGGAGCAUCUCUUUGAGUCUAAAUCCAAGGAACUGCCUGUCACAAAGAAAACUGCUGCAGAUGGGAAGCGACAGGAGAUCAUUGUAUUGGACUCAAAGCGAAGCAAUGCUAUUAAUAUUGGCCUGACUGUGUUGCCCCCUCCCCGCACUAUCAAGACUGCUAUUUUGAACUUUGACGAAUAUGCCUUAAACAAGGAAGGAAUAGAGAAAAUACUGACCAUGAUCCCAACUGAGGAGGAGAAGCAAAAGAUCCAGGAGGCACAGCUGGCAAACCCCGAUGUCCCCCUGGGCAGCGCUGAGCAAUUCCUUCUCACCCUCUCCUCCAUCAGCGAACUCUCCGCCAGGCUGCAGCUCUGGGCUUUCAAGAUGGACUAUGAGAUAGUGGAAAAGGAAGUUGCAGAACCACUUCUAGACCUGAAAGAAGGAAUGGACCAACUGGAGCACAAUAAAACUUUGGGAUUUAUCCUUUCUACUCUACUAGCCAUUGGCAACUUUUUGAAUGGAACCAACGCCAAAGCUUUUGAGUUGAGCUACCUCGAGAAGGUUCCAGAAGUCAAGGACACAGUGCACAAGCAGUCCCUCCUGCACCAUGUCUGCACUAUGGUGGUGGAAAAGUUCCCAGACAGUACUGAUCUUUAUUCAGAGAUCGGGGCCAUUACUAGGUCAGCCAAGGUUGACUUUGAACAACUCCAGGAAAACUUGUGUCAGAUGGAAAGGCGGUGCAAAGCAUCAUGGGAUCACCUGAAGGCUAUAGCAAAGCAUGAAAUGAAGCCAACUCUAAAGCAAAAAAUGUCCGAGUUCCUUAAAGACUGUGCAGAAAGAAUCAUAAUCCUGAAGAUUGUUCAUAGAAGAAUAAUUAACAGGUUUCACUCAUUUUUGUUAUUUAUGGGCCAUCCUCCCUAUGCAAUACGUGAAGUCAACAUCAAUAAGUUCUGCAAAAUUAUCAGCGAAUUUGCUCUGGAAUACCGUACCACCAGGGAACGAGUUCUGCAGCAAAAACAGAAACGAGCAAACCACAGGGAAAGAAACAAGACCAGAGGGAAAAUGAUAACAGAUACCGAUGAAGAAGAAGAUGCUGAGUCCGGCAAGUUCUCCAGCAGCUCACCCCCCUGCCAGAGCCAGCCCCAGGGGCUGCAGUACGCUGAAGACGCUGCAGAGCAUGAGAACAUGAAGGCUGUGCUGAAGACCUCCUCCAUCGGUGGGGAAAGCACCACAACACUUGGGGUCCGCACUCGAAGCCGGGCCAGCCGAGGCCGUAUUGGUUCGUGGAACGCUGGCAAUGACGAUUCACCUAAUGCAACAGAUGAUGCAGCAGAUGAAAUCAUGGAUCGCAUUGUGAAGUCUGCCACCCAAGUGCCAAGCCAGCGAGCAGUGCCUAGAGAGAGAAAGCGGUCACGAGCAAAUAGGAAGUCAUUGAGAAGGACACUAAAGAGCGGACUAACACCAGAAGAAGCCAAAGCACUGGGCCUCAUCAGCACCUCUGAGAUGCAGGUUUGACAUGACGGGAGGUGGUGACGGGAAGAGCCGUUCAUCUGAAGCACACAGGCUGACAACUCUUCGGUGUAGCAUUGACCUGCCAGCCUCCUCUGCUGCUCCCAACAUCCCAUCCUCUGUUAGUUCGAUUUUAAUAAGCAACAAAAAGCAAAACCCCACAGCCAGGGCAGAAGAAGGAUGUGCCGCCGCUCAGCACAACAUCUGGACAGUAACUGAGGAAGCGUUUGAGUGAAAGGUGAAAGUAGGUGAAAGUAUGUGGCGGCUUCUUCUCAUGGUGUGUUGGUGUGGGUAGGAGGGGGCUCCCUCCGAGUUAUCUGUCGUUAUGUGAGCUGUGUUUACUUUGGCUUACCUUGCGCCCUGUUUUAGUCAUUGUAAAUGUAUGGCAUUUUGUCAAUGCAACAAACAGUCCUUAAAGAGGCAAAAUAUGUCCUGUUACAGCAACCCCACUUUUCCUGAAGCAGAUUCAUUAAGCAAAGAUGCACAGUCUGUGCAACCCUGUGGUUUGUUGGGUUUUUUAUUAUUUUGCCACCAAAGAAUGUAAAAAUCUAUGUGUACCUUUGUAUAUGUACAGAAUGAAUGUGUGGACAUAUAUGUGCGUGUAUCUAGACACAUACAGUCAUGGUGUGAAAUCAUGCUCUUGCUGAAGCUAGCUGGACCAUGAUUUUCACUCUGGGGCCUUACUGUUCCACCUGGACAGGAGGAAAAGAAUGUAUUUUCAUAGGAACUCAGUGUUAUUCAGUGGGAUUCACCCUGUGGGGCAGGAGAUGGCCUGUAAUACAAGUGGAAAGUUUAGGAUCCUGAAAUCAUAUGUAUUAAUACACACUCAUACUGUACAUAGCAGCAUGCACACAGAGGAGAGGACAUGGUAUGCCUCCCUCUUGUUGAGCUAUGGCUGUACUGUGCAUUUGUACAGUUUCAAAGAGAUCUAUGCCAACAAUUUUACAUACUUGAUAAAUGCAUUCAGAUGCUAAGAUCAAGAAGUUUUGUUCACUUGCCUGUGCCCUUCAUGCUGCUUUUCUCUGCUGCAAGAUAAUGUGGUGGUGAUUUUAUUUCAAAUUGAUGGAUCUGAAUAUGAAAUGGCCCUGCUAAAAGCCUGCUGUGUUUUUGCUGUCCUUUAUUUCUGUGACUAUUUUUGGUGCAAGUGGAGAGGGUACCACAGUGAACACUCCAAUAUGUUUGCCCUUGUCUCGCUGUUUUAUAACUGGCUUUUAUAACUGCCCUCAGCAUGUGUGUUUGAAGAACUUUUAGUCCACUCAUCUGCCUUUCAGUGGAGGGACAUAUACAGCAGUGAAGGUGAAUUGAACACAGUCACUCUAGCCAGUGCUGAAGCAUUUUGAAGAGAACUGCAAACAACAAUAAUAUAAAAGGGAACUUUUAAAGCCAAAGUCUGUAUAUGGCCAAUUGAUCCUCAAGGAUGCACAAGAUUCUCUUUCCAUUGCCUUAUCCUCUAAGAUUAAGGGUAUGUCUGCACAACAGUAACAGCUGAGGCUUCCUCCAAACUAGUUGACUGAGGAACUGCAGCGGUUUAGUCAUGGUAACAGUUUGAUUUUGGCUGCAAAACACACUUGAAAAGUAGAGUUAAUUAAUAGCCUAGACUGGGCUCCUAAUGCCAUAGCUAUAUUUCUUCUGGCACCCAAGCUAGGUCAGGUACUUCAAGUUAUUCAGCUCUCAUUAAAGAGAGGAAAAUCACUGAAGGUUGUUCAGGGUAGUUAAACCAAACACUAAACCUUUGAAACCUCGGUCAUCCGUCACAUCGCAUUGAUCAUAGCAUCCAAGUGAUGAGAGAACCAGAUAGCUGAAAACACUGCAAUGAGACCUGUGGUUGAGCAUCCUAUCUAUGCUGUCCAUCCUCUUGAUCGUAACAUUUCAUUCUUUAUCUGCCAAUGCCUCAGAUCUUCACGUGUCGAAGUCCAUGGGGUAAAAAGUCACUGAUGAGUAAAGGAGUAAAGGUUCUUAAGGACAGCAAUGAGUUGUGGUUUUCCCCGCAGCUUGUUAAAAAGUCAGUUUUUCAGGUAGGCAGAGGGCAGUAGUUGUGUAAUUAAUAAAAUGUGUUGUGUAUUUGAAAGCUAUGGAAAGGAGAAAGCUGGUUAAGGUACAGAAAGAAGUGGCAUAUAAUUAAUUUCACUGUAAAAUAAGCAAGUCCUACGAGCAUCUGGAUUUUAAAGUGGAACUUUAUGUGCUGCUCACCAUUAUGGACUUUUUAAAUCUGUCUUAAGAGAGAGGGUGCUUAGAACAAAGAAAUGAAGGUAAUGGGGGUUUGUGGAGGUCUUUGAAGUUUGAAAUGACAGAAAGACACCCUGAAUGUAAUGGUUAUGUUAAACUGUGAUACUUGCUAAAUGAUAAAAGAAGCAAAAAGGCAACAAAACACAUCUAUGCUGACAGAGGUCCUAUAUUUGAUUAGAGGGAGAAAAUCAAAUGCAUUUCUAAAACUGAAUAUUUUAAAAUAUGCUGAAUGUGCAAAGUAGGUGGCUCUUGGUGACCACUUGCUAACAGGAAACAAAUUUGUGUUUCAUUAGUACAGUAUCUGUUUGAAAUAUAACAUAGCUGAUGAAUUACUAACAGUUGGGCAUAUGUAUUUCCAAGAAUUGUGCAAAAAUUGUGCAAAACUUCUUAUGCUCCUUAUGGAGGAGAAAAUGAAAUUUGGGGAAUGGGGUUAGAAUAAGUUCAGAAAAAAAACAGCUGGUUUCUUUCAUUCUCUGGAUGCAAGUGUCUUACAUCUGAAGCAUAUUCUUCCUUGUCUGUUUUUGCAUUAUGUUUGGUUUUCUGUUGCUGCUCUCUAUCUGUGAAACCAGUACCCAUUUUCCUGAAGAAAAACUUAGUCUUGUUUAUGCAGCAGUGUACAGCUCAGAUUAAUUCCACCAUCCUCAGUGUUUAUUGCUACCAAAUCAUCAAACACAGUAACUUUGCAAUAGCUGCAGAAAAGAUUUCCAUUUGGGUUCCCAAUAAAAAUGGCCACUGACCCGAUGUGCUGAUUUGUAAGGUGGCAGUAUUUCCUCUGGAGUUUGCCAGCAUGUCCUACCUGUGGGAACAACAUUUGUUCCCCUUCACCUAACUAGUGGAUUCCAGAUGAAAUGGAAGAAUUGGUUAUAUUUGCAUGCCUCUGUCUGUCUAACCAGGUUGUAACCUUCAAGUUUUGAGUUGCUGCUGGCCUCUACAUCAUCAAAAGAGCCCACCAUAAGGAUGUAAUAGUUGUUUUUAAAUGUGUGUGAGGUAUGGAUUGGUUUUGUGACAAAUAUAAAGGUCUUGGAAACACGAUGUAUUAACACAUGUUCCCAUUUCUCAUUUAUAGUUCCAUGAAGGCUGUUUUUAAACACAUGCAGCCAUAAUAACUACCUCCCUUCUCUUUGUCAUAGUACCAGUCAGCUGCAAACGUAGUGCCCAGAGUUUUGUACCUCCACCAAGCUCUUGGAGUCGCAGCUGGUGUUCGUUUCAACACCCAUCUGCUGCCAAUAAUUUGUCUGUCCGCCUGCCACCAUAAUGCCUUCCUGAUUCGGAUGCUGAGGUAAACUUUAGCAUAUGAAAUGGCUGCCAAAGGGAAGCUACCCUAAUUUCCUUUCAUCUCCCUUGGUUUUUAAAAGCAGACUGCAUACAAAUACCUUGUAUUCCCUUGUUCCCAGCUGAGGGAUAACUUUCAGUAGCAGUUAUGUGGCUGCGGUGAAGAAACACCCCCAGGGAAUGCUGUGUGCCACAAUCGAGAGUGAAAGAUCCCUCACAAAAGUUACAUUCAUCACUCUUCACUUCUCAUAAGGCCAGGCACCAGGCUUAUGGAUUCCAGAUGUUUCAUAGCCCCUUGGCUGCUACAUAUGACCCUUCUGUUUGAUAGUUACCUGUCCAUAAUCCAAAAUCAACAAAAAGUGUUGUUUUAAUGAGGGUCUUUCUUGCUCCAGUAAACACUGGAAACAGCAUCAAAAGCAGUUCUCAAAAUAUAUUUCUUUUUCUCUUUUGACCCCCUUUUAUUGUAAAUCUCUGCAGUCAUUGACUGACAGCAAAAUAAGGCAUCAGUUUUGUAGAUAAACAAGACUUUGGCUUAGGUUAAUAGAAAGCCGCAUGAAUAUCUAGAUAAGAGUGCUCCAUUCCCCCUCAAGGUACUAGAUAAUGUGGCAGGAUGACACCUUAAGUCCCCAGUGUGCUAUGCUCUAUAUGUACCACACAAUACUGUGUGGGUAUUGUUUUCACAAUGCUUUGAUUUCACUGAGAUGAGAUGGGGACAAGGUGGUAGCCUACCAGUUUCACAUCCUUGAUCCUCCCACUACAACUCGUAAGCAGGCGUACACACUGCCUGCCUUCAUCUAAAGGGUGUGCAGGGACAUGGUGUCCGACAGAAGCACAAGCAUAUUCCUCUCUUUUUCACUCCUCUGUGCUCACUACACAUGUACCACUCCUCUCAUCUUCACGGCGGGUCAUGUGUGCGUGCAUAGGCAAAGCCUGACCCUGUACCGUGUCUGGAUGAUGGCUUUGUGUUUCCAGCAUUGGGAUGCAAGAAACACUUGCAUAAGCUUCAAGGACAAUGACUGUCAUGUUCCUCUGCAGGGAAAACUGCCAGGUACUUACAGGCUCGGAAAGAAAAUAAACUGAAGCAUUUUUGAAAGAGAAAAAUGUUUGGUUAUAGGGAACUGUUGAAAAUCAUUUGCAAACACGCGACCAAGAUGUAAGGCCUACCUUCCUUAUUUUCAACUGGGACAGCAACUGGCUCAAUUGGCAUUUCAGAUGCAAUCCCAAGAAGUUUUUGGCAAGCAGUUUAAUAGUUACAUAGCAAGGAGUAUGAUGCAAGGAGUUUCAGAGAUGUUGUAUAGUUUUAUGUUUACGCAAAAGAAAACUAUUAAAAUUAUUUCUAAUUAGUCCAUUUCACAUUGAGUGGCAGAUAGAGAUAUAUUUUGUUUAAUCACUAUCUAAUACAGAGGCUUCUGUGAAAGAAAAGGUUUAUUUGUAGCAUUUGGAGCAUUUCUCCUUUUUAAAGACUGUCUUUGCGCAUAUAGUGUCCUUUUUUGUGAGCUGGGAAUUGUAAAAAAAUGUAAAGUAGAAAAGGACGUGUUUCUUAGACGAAGGAGAAAUACUGUAAAAUUGUGUAAAUGUCACUACUCAUGGUUUUUUUCAUGGUCUGUGUAGCAUAGUGUAAAAUAGGCUUUCCAGCAGUGUUAUUCUGUGAAUUGUAAUUUAAAAAACAAGCCAUGCAUGGUCAGAGAUAUUAUCUACAGGUCCUUUGGUUGAGUUUUGGGGUUUUUUUUGUUGUUUUCUCAUUUUAGGUGAAUUUGCUUUAUGUUAAAUUUAAUUGUCCAUGAAACUGCAUUUUUUGUUUCUCAGUUUUAUUUCAUAAAGAACUUGAAUUACUCUUUAAGGUUUUAUUACACACAAAGCUCACCUACCGUUUGUAUUGAUCCUUCAGAGGCUUCGUCACACUUAGUGUAAACGGGGGAUGGCGGUGGUGCAUGUUUCUUUUUAAUGCACUCCUCACUGCCUCUUCUCCCCUUUUUCCUUGUUUGUUUUUCUUUUUUCCUGUGCCAUGCAGGGUCAAUAUGGAAAACCGACCACAGACCUGUGUCCAAAAUUUCUUGAUAUAAGUAGUUAAAAAGCUCACCUCUACAGCAUUAUGUAAACACAUCUUGCAAUAAAGCUUUAUAAAGCACUGA